AUGGAAUUAAUCGGUGUCUGGCCUGAACCGACUAGAACCGACGAACGAUUGCCAAACUCUAAAGUCCUAUUUUCCAUGUCCCUAAUAUUUCUAUUUGGAAUUUUACCGGAGAAUGCGAAUCUAUAUUUCGUAUCAGGAAAUAUUGAUCUGGUGAUGGAAUAUCUAACGAUGACUAAUGUACCUGCUAUAAACGCGACGAUAAAAUUUAUCUUCGCUUGGUAUUACAAGGAAUCUUUGAAGCCCGUCAUCAAAUGUUUCUACGAUGAUUGGUACAGGGUGAAGACGGAAGAGGAAAAAGCACUGAUGCUGAAGAUGGCUAAACCUGCCAAAUUUAUUUCUAUGUGGUGUUCGAUGUUGAGCUUCAUGAUGCUCGUUGCAUACCACAUCCUUCGAAUAUAUACGAUCUCCCGAACAGACAGAGCAAGCGUGAGCCGGGAUCGCUUGAUCAUAUAUCCUGCAUAUUUUCCUUUUGACGUUCGACCAACAUGGAGAUUGUUAAUAGUCAAUUUUGCUCAACUGAUGGCGGGAUAUUCAGCUACUAUUGCUUAUACUACGGUCGACACUUUCAUUGCAAUGUUGAUCAUGCAUAUUUGCGGACAAUUUGCGAUUUUAAAGAAGAAAUUAUUAAGGUUGAUGGACAAUGACAGACAGACUGAAAGCACGAAUGAGUUUCAAAAGGAGCUGGCUGGGAUUAUCAACAAACACGAGCAACUGAAUGGGUGA